AUGCCAGUGCCAGCAUCAGUAUCGACGCCUCAAGAAGGCCAAGCACCACAGGCAGGCUACGCAUUCCACGACCUCGCCUCCUUUUUAGCAGUCUACUACCCGAACAUGGCCGUGCUGCAAACGGAGCAUGACUUCCGAGACCUGGCCCUCGCGUUCCUCACCCAUGCCCACUCCCAGAACAUCAAGCACGUAGAACUCUUCUUCGACCCACAAGCACACACAGGACGAGGCAUCCCCUUCGCGACCGUGCUGCGCGGCUACCGGCUCGGCCUAGUGACUGCACAGCGCACGCUCGGCAUCUCCGCGAGCCUGAUCAUGUGUUUCCUGCGCGACGCCUCCGCGGAAUUCGCCAUGGCGACACUAAUGGAAGCCCUCCCGUUCAAGGACUCGAUCAUCGGCGUGGGGCUCGACUCCGAUGAGCGCGACAACCCGCCCGCCAAGUUCGCGGCGGUCUUCCAGCGCGCAAGCAAGGAAGGCUUCCUGCUCACCGUGCACUGCGACAUCGACCAGCCAAACACGCUGACGCACAUCCGGCAGGCCCUGACGGAGCUGCAGGUCGACCGGCUCGACCACGGGACGAACAUCGUCGGUGACGAAUCCCUGAUCUCCAUCGCGCUGGAAAAGGGCAUCGGGCUCACGUGCUGUCCGGUGUCUAACAGCGUGGUGACCUCUGAUUUCAAGGGAAAGGAGAUUGUGAGCCUGCUCCGCCGCGGCGUCAAGGUCACUGUCAACUCUGAUGACCCGGCUUAUUUCCGCGCCUAUGCGAAUGAGAACAUGGAGAAGAUGGCCACUGAGACUGAUCUGACCAGAAAGGAGCUGGUUCAGUUGCAGCGGAAUGCCUUUGCCAUCUCGUGGAUUUCUACUUGGCGCCGGAACCAUUUCCUGGCGUUGUUGGAUGAGUAUGAGCGCUCUACUUUGACACCCAACUUAACUAAUGGUGUUUAA